AUGUGUUCAGAUGUACUGGACGGAUGCAAGACGAGAUGUGCACCCUUGAACUCCAAAUCGCAGAUUUUCCGCCGCUGGCUCUGCUUGCUCAUCCUGAGCCUCCUCCUGCUGUUGUGGUUCGGUGUCGUGAUCACACGGGACGGUGCAUCACCUGCUGCUGCCCACAGCUCAGGGCUCAGGGGCUACAUGAGGAUCAGUCCCGGUGGGAAGGGCCAGCUUCUGGACAUCCACUGCAACCAGUGUGCCUUGGUCUCCAGCUCUGGUCAGAUGCUCGGUGCUGGUGCUGGAGAGGAGAUAGACAGAAUUGGAUGUGUGAUCCGGAUGAACAACGCGCCCACGACAGGAUAUGAGGAAGACGUUGGGAGCCACACCAGCGUCCGAGUCGUGUCUCACACCAGUGUUCCCCUGUUGGUAAAAAAUGAGCGGCGUUAUUUUCAGCAGCUGGCAAACACCACGUAUGUGUUCUGGGGUCCUGAGAGGAACAUGAGGCAGGAUGGGAAGGGACAGGUCUUCAAUGUCCUCUUGAGGAUGGCCACAAAGUAUCCAAACAUCAGAUUGUAUGCUGUGACCAGAGACAAGAUUCAGUACUGUGAUGGUGUGUUUCAGAAUGAAACUGGAAAAAACAGGAUGAAAACGGGGGCGUUUCUCAGCACGGGAUUUUUCACAAUGAUCCUGGCUUUGGAUAUGUGUGACAGCAUUAAUGUUUAUGGAAUGAUCAACAGCAGCUACUGCAGUCGAGACAGUCGCAGUGAUGUCCCCUACCAUUACUACGAGAAAAACCGAAUAAACGAGUGCAAAAUGUACAACUUCCACGAGCGCACGCAACGUGGAGGACACCGCUUCAUCACGGAGAAGGCCAUCUAUGCCAAAUGGGCAAAACGCCACAAAAUAAACUUUAAACAUCCAUCUUGGAGCUUCUGAAAAAGAAGAUCUUAA